AUGUUGAGCCGGAACCCGUUCCGUAAGAAGACAGUUGGAUUCUAUGAAGUGGCGACUCCAUCCUACACAAACAGCAUGACGAGCCAGACCGCUAUUUCUAAAGCAAAUGAAGCAGAAAUGGACACCAAUUUUAGUCAUUCUUCGAAGGCCUUAUCGCACGAGUCGUCCAAGAUCGUUGACUUUGAUUUAAAUAAGGACCAGCUAAAAGAGAAUAAGAAAAAAUACUUGACUGCAAAGUAUGGUUCGCAUCAGAUGCUUUUGAUAAAGAAAAGGUUAAAUGUUGAAAUGUGGAUUUUCGAUGAGCUAAGGAGACUGUAUAACUCUGAGGAUGAUGAUCAUGACUGUGAGUUGGAACUGGAGGAGAUUCUCAACCUAGACUCAGACGAUGAAAGACGAGAAUAUAUACAAGAGCAGUUACAAGACGCAAAGCAGCCACCUGAAGUUGUCAAUAAGUUUGUUGAGGAGCUGUUGAAGAAAGCCAAGACAUUGUAG